AUGAAUAUUCGUGAAGCAUUGAUGAGGGCUGAGAAAUCUUUAAAGUUGAGCCAACGGAAGGACUGGUACAAGAUUUUGGGAGUUUCAAAGUCUGCACCUAUAUCCGAAAUUAAACGGGCUUACAAGAAGCUUGCUUUGCAGUGGCACCCAGAUAAGAAUGUUGAUAACAGAGAAGAAGCGGAAGCCAAAUUCCGUGAAAUAGCAGCUGCAUAUGAGGUUCUUGGGGACGAGGACAAACGUGCAAGAUAUGACAGAGGGGAAGACAUUGAAGACAGGGAUAUGGGAAUGGGUGGUGGUGGUGGAUUUAAUCCUUUUGGCGGAGGGGGACAGCAAUUCACAUUUCACUUUGAAGGAGGGUUUUCCUGGUGGAUUCCAGUUUUGACCUCAGUGAAGUAUGAGGUUAUAUUCGCCUGA